UGUAAAUUAUAAAUAGAUUAUAAUAUAAAACGCAAGCGCUUAAUUCAUAUGCAUGUUUCGUUAAUAUUGCAAGGUAUAAUAUCUCGAGCCACGGUAACCAUCAUUGAUUAUUCCCGGGCUGACGAACGUGGCCUAACCCAACUACGCUUUCGAAAGAUAUAACACCUUGUCCCAGCCAGCCCCGAGCACGUUUUCGAGCCGAAUCCCGGAACGCUAAAAUUCCUUAUAAUAUAAUAAAGAUCAUACGGGUCCCAAAGUCUUGGGCUAAUGGUAUACUUGGAGUUUGAUCUUGCUAAGAAAUAAGUCCAGAAAACUGAGGGGCUUGCAAGUUGGUUACCUGGAUCCGAUUUGUACCUAAGCACUCAAACAGCCUCGGAGAUGGAGGAUAUCAAGAUCGCGGUCAUUGGCCUAGGUAGGCAGCUUCAAGAUGUAUCCUCCGUAUGUCCAUCAGCUAACUCCUCUUAUGACAGGCCCGGCAGGACUCACGGCCUUGAAGACGUUACGAGAGGAAGGGUUUGACGCAGUCGCGUUUGAGAGACGAGAUAAGCCCGGCGGCCUAUGGUCAGUUAGCCACAACCCUGAAUUUACUUCGGCUUUGGACGAGACGGUUUGUAACGUCAGCAAGUUCACGGUGCGUAAUCGAAACAUCCCGCACCUCUUACCCACGACAAUUAACACGAUGUAGUCGAGUUUCAGCGACUACCCAAUCCCCAAAGGUCAGGAACCUGCUUCGAUGCAAUGGGAAUCGGGAUGACAUGUAAGGCUGACACUUGUCCAUUUCAAUUUCGAGUAGAUUACCCACUGCAUCCCACAGCCCCUCAAAUGCAGGAGUAUUUCGACUCGUACGCCUCGCAUUUCGACUUACAUGGUCACGUCCACUAUAAUAGUACAGUUAAAAGAGUGACCCGAAACACAUCCAAGGACGCAUGGGAUGUCCGAGUCACAAAUCAAGAGGGCGACAUUACCUUGUCCUUUGAUAAGGUCGUAUUUGGCCACGGUAGCCAGACUGUCCCCGUGUGGCCUGCGAUGCCCAACAGAAAUAAGUUCAAGGGGGAGGUUAUUCAUUCGCAAGCCUAUAGGAGUCCGGAGCCCUACCGGGGCAAGAAGGUUCUCGUCGUAGGAAUCGGCAAUACGGCCUGCGACAUCUCCCUUUCCUUGCGAAAACACGCCACCAAAGUGUACCAGAGCUACCGACGAGGUAGGAUGAUGGUCUCACGAUGUACCGAAGAGGGUAUCCCCAUGGAUUCGGUGCUUUCUUGGCCCAUGAUGCGCCUUAAAUACUUCCUCGAUGAAAAGAUGCCUUGGUUGAUGGCGCCUAUCGCGGAUAAAGUGAUGACUAACAAAAUGAUAAUCGAUACGGCUAGGUUCGGACUCGCGACUCGGGGACUUGCUAGGAGUGAAGGGUUGAAACGUGCAGCUCACAAAUUAGAAGUAGACUGGCGGUUGCUGCCUGGUCCUAGCAUAAGUCGUGUCCAUCCAACGGUCCAGGAGGACUUUAUCCCUGCUCUAGAAGAAGGGGACAUUACUCCGGUUAGAGGGUUCAAGGAAUUUGUCGGAGACGAUCAAGUACUGUUAGAUGAUGACACGACAGUUGAAGCCGACGUGGUUAUAUUUUGUAUGGGAUACGAAAUUGACUUCAGCAUCUUUCCCGAGCUGGAAAUGGAUGGCUCUGGCGCGGUGCCGCUCAAGAGAGUAGGAGAUGAAUUCCGGGGCAGUGCGAAGGAUCAGGACGAAACCGAAGAAGAUCGGGACGGCUCGGAAAAGCCACGAAUUCCUCGUCUAUUCCAGAUGAUCUUCCCUCCGCGCUGGGCCUCCUCCGUAGCUUUCUUGAGCUGGAUGGCACCGCAAGAGCCCGUAUGGAGCGUGUGCGAGCUUGCUUCGAUGGCAAUAGCGCAGAUCUGGGCAGCAGAAACCACCAAAUCUGCGGAAAAACAGCCGCUGGCGAAGAGCCCUCGCUCGCCUGCUCUUCUACCAUCCUUGGACGAGAUGAACGCGCAGGUUAACGCGUACCAUGAUUGGUGGCGAGGCGGAUGGGAGAAGGACCAUUCGAUGCUUCCCGGUUACAUUAAAUCAUACUCAUUCUACCGGUUCCUCCAUGAGGCGGCAGGCACCGGCAUCUAUGAUAAUAUAGACCAUAUGUUCACCGGCCGUGGCUGGGGACUUUGGUGGUAUGACCACGAGUUAUGGACUUGGCUAGCUAAAGGACCGAUGAAUAAUCACUCCUGGAGGCUAUUCGAGACCAACCCCGACGCCGUUCCUGGAUGUGGUCGGAAGACCUGGCCUGAAGCUAGAAAGGCAAUGCGAGAAGAGGCUGACCCGCUGACGUUCUACCAGUACGAAACUUAUGAAGAAUAUAAGCUUCAAGCACAGUCGAGACAUUAGGGCGAAUGAAAGCAGACGGGAAGGUGUUCUUAAUCGGAAUCGAGUAGGUUAUAUGUUACUAUACGGUGUCCCCUAAACGAAAUAAACAUGUUGAAGCCAUACCUACUACUACCAUAAUAUUGGAAAUUCUCUGACUCCAACUUAUGCUUGGUAAGAUGAACGAUGAGAUUGCCAUGGAAGAUGUUUGCAUCCCCUCGCCCUUUUCUUCCCGGCUGAAGAGAAAUGACAGCGGAUAAUUGGCCAAUUAAUAGAUCCUUCGAUCUUAUUCUAAGUUGCAGGAAGUUUUCUUGUACAUCCAUGUACCGAGUACCGCAUAGUAAUGAUAAUGACUCCAAGGUUGCAUAUUUUAAGUAAGCAUAACCUUGUAUCCGUGAACCCGCCCUUUCAAGGUUUUAACGUUAAAACUAGGUAUGUAC